AUGCCGAUCCGAAACCCUUUCGCCCGUCGCCCCGAGCUUGUCAUCCCCGACAAUGAAAACGAGCGCCCGGCGCAGGAAAAUGAUUCUCCUGGUUUCGAGAGAGUAGACACGGUGGGCUCGAAAGCCUCGUCGAUGAGCAUUCGCAGCCGUCGGAGCCACGAUAACGGGGAAUACAAGAUGAGUGUUGUUAACGGUAGUGGUAUCUACCUGCCGCCAUCCCCGGUGGAGGAAAAGGGUCAGCAUUGGCCCAAAAGAAACCUGUCGUCGCGUGCCUCUACCGAUACGGGCAGCAGUUUUGGCGAUAUUGAGCCCUUCUCCAUCUCUCGAGAAUCGUUUGAUUCGUACAGACGCUCUUUUGACAUCACAGCGCGGUCUCCGAUCAAGCAUAACGCCCCAGUGCGUCAGAGCCUAGAUUCUGCCCGCUUCCCACGUCACCAACUCUCCGUUCAUCGCAAAAUGGAGCGUCAGGCCCCUACACCCGAGGAGAGUUUCGAGGACGUUGGACUGGACGAUGGCAAACAACAGCCUCGCAAACGCGGGUUCUUCGCCAAGCUGACUGAAAGCCAAGACAAGGACUCGAUGCCUCGGUUUCUCAUGGGUGGUCGCAAGCGCGGGCACAGUGGCCAAGGCGCUGAACUGGGCAGCGUUGAACAUGCAGCAACACCAGCCACCGGCGAGCGACACUGA